AUGAAUGAAGGUAAUAUUGGUGAUACAACAUCGAAUAUACGACAAUUUACAUCUGAAAUAUCUAUACCAAUUGAAAAUACAAGAAUGACACAAGAAAUAAGAUUUUUAAAAAGGCAAAAUCACAUUGUUGAAGCCAACGAAACAGGAAUUGUCGAAUGGAUUGCAAUACUCGGUUCUGUUCUUUUAUUGAUAUUAACAUUUCCCUUUAGCAUCUGUGCUAGUUUCAGAGUUGUACAAGAAUAUGAAAGGGCUGUCAUUUUCAGACUCGGAAGACUCAGAAAAGGUGGUCCAAGGGGUCCAGGUAUAUUUUUCGUUUUGCCUUGUAUUGAUAGCUACAGUAAAGUUGAUCUUCGUACUGUAUCCUUUGAUGUUCCACCACAAGAGGUACUGACUAAAGAUUCUGUUACUGUUACUGUUGAUGCUGUAGUUUAUUACAACAUAAAAGAUCCUCUGAGUGCUGUCGUUCAGGUUUCCAAUUACAGUCACUCCACUCAACUUCUUGCUGCUACAACAUUAAGAAAUGUACUUGGUACAAAAAACUUAUCAGAAAUUUUAUCUGAAAGAGAAACCAUAGCUCAUACGAUGCAAACGUCUCUAGACGAAGCCACAGAUCCUUGGGGUGUAAAGGUUGAAAGAGUUGAAAUUAAAGAUGUACGGUUACCUGUUUUAUUACAAAAAGCAAUGGCAGCAGAAGCUGAGGCAGCAAGAGAAGCUUGUGCUAAAGUUAUAGCUGCAGAAGGUGAAAUGAAAGCUUCAAAAGCUUUAAAAGAAGCUUCUGAUGUAAUAGCUGAAAGUCCAGCAGCUUUACAAUUGAGAUAUUUACAAACUCUCAGCACUGUAUCAGCUGAUAAAAACUCAACGAUUAUAUUUCCUUUACCCAUUGAUAUGAUUUCAUUAUUUAUUUCAGGAAAAAGAUUGUAA